ACAUUAAUGCAGGGAUACAGUUGACACUAUAUAUAAAUCCACAUCUAUGUAGGCUAUUGCAUAAACAGACACUGAUAUACAGAAUAACGUCAGGCAAUGGUGCCGGAUUUAUAAGAAUGAAAUCCCGGCUCAGUUACCCUUCUAGCAUUUCGUGGGCAGUAACAUCCUGUGUAGUCUCCUUUGAACUGGAUGUUGUUAGCCGUCAUCAAGGCGGACUGGCAUGUGCUGCAGUGUUCUUAUAUUCACUUUUUGUUUUUUAAUGGAUUCUGCUUGAACUCACAAGAAUUGUGGGACCGCAGGACAUCGAGUUGCUUUGCAAUAAGCACGUUGAACAAAUGUGGUACUGUACGUUGUGAAGUAUGUGUUGAACAUUGGAGGGCUCCAGCCAGCGAUUUCAAGGCUGCAAUGUUCUGAGCGCAUAGUGCGGGCGGUGGUGCUGGUGAUAGCCCAAGUCUGCAGUGGGUUUGUUCGCCUGUUGAGUCUUGUCUCUCUCGUCCGGGGCACAGCCAUGGCUGAGAGGAGCCAACCAAUGCACAGAGAACUGUUGCUCCUAGCCCUUGUGGCUUGUGUCCACUUGUUGAUCUGUCCUUUCACUAAAGUGGAAGAAAGUUUCAACCUGCAAGCGACACACGACCUACUGUAUCACCGCCUGCACUUGGACAAGUACGAUCAUCACGAGUUCCCCGGGGUAGUUCCAAGGACCUUUGUGGGACCACUUUUCAUUUCAUUGCUGUCUGCACCAGCAGCUUCUGUCCUCUCGGUUCUCGACGUGUCCAAGUUUUACUCACAGCUUCUAGUUCGAGGAUGCCUCGGUCUUUGUGUGAUUUAUGCACUCUGGAAGUUUCAGAAAGAAGUCCAGAAACAAUUUGGCACAACAGUAGCUGUUUUUUACUGUUGGAUCUCAGCAACUCAGUUCCAUCUUCUCUUUUACUGCACAAGAACUCUCCCAAAUAUAUUUGCAUUGCCCAUUGUUCUCUUGGCAUUUACAGCCUGGUUGCAGCAGAAUCUUGGCACAUUUAUCUGGCUUUCUGCUCUAGCUAUCAUUGUGUUUCGAUUUGAGCUUUCCAUAUUCCUGGGUCUCAUGCUCCUUUUAUCAUUAGUGAGCCAUCGUAUUUCAAUUCUCAGAAGUCUUUACCAUGCAGUGCCAGCUGGUUUGGUGUGGUUGGCCCUAACCAUAUCUGUGGAUUCUGUGUUUUGGAGACGACUCCUCUGGCCUGAGGGAGAAGUACUUUGGUACAAUACAGUCUUGAAUAAGAGUUCUGAAUGGGGAACAUCACCCUUUUUAUGGUAUUUUUACUCGGUACUACCUCGUGCUCUUGGUUGUACUGUUCUUUUUCUGCCUCUUGGAGCACAGGACAGGAGGAGCUGGAAGCUGCUCUUCCCAUCGUUUGGUUUCAUCAUUUUAUAUUCGUUUCUACCUCACAAAGAACUGCGCUUUAUAAUCUACACCUUUCCUGUCUUGAAUGUUGUUGCAGCAAUGGGAUGUUCAUACCUAACGAUCAACUACCACAAAUCCUUCUUUUAUAAAUUGGGAUUCUUCGCUGUUAUUGCACAUUUCGUAGCAAAUGCCUGCUACUCUGGGUUGUUGGUAUAUGUAUCCCACCAUAACUACCCAGGUGGAGUCGCCAUGCAAAAACUACAUGAGAUCGUGCCUCCAACAACAGCUGUUUCAGUACACAUUGAUGUCGCUUCUGCUCAGACUGGUAUUUCCCGAUUUCUUGAACUCAAUCAAAAUUGGAGGUAUGACAAGACAGAAAAUCUUAAACCAGGAGAGGUUGGCACCAUUGAAUAUACACACAACCUAAUGGAAAUGGAUCCAAAUUAUGUAUCACAGUACAGAAACACUCAUAGGAUAAUGUUUAAUGUUUCUGGCUUUAGUGGAAUUGGAUUUAAUGUCUCUCAAUUACCUCCAUUUUACAUUAAAAUUGAAACAAAAUUAGUGGCACUAGAAAAAAUAUACACACAUAUUAAUGAGAAAAAGAUAAAAUAAAAUCUAGCCCAUUCUGCUUAGUGAUUAAGACUAAGAACAUUCUGCAAGUUCCUGUUUAUUCAGGAAUCUUUCUCUUUUAUUACAAACAAAAAUUUAAUUCACACAGCACUAAGUGGGAGUCUGAAAUAACGCGUGAUGUUGUGAGGAUAUUGUUCAUUCAGUUAUGCCAAGCUAAAAAAAAUAUCAAAAUUGCUCAUCUGCUGCUUGUUCUACUUGGUGUUUCUAUACCUCCAAACUUCUUCUUGAUUUUAAACAUGUAUCACUAUCCUUCUCAUUUUUAUGAUCAAGACAACGGGGAUAAGAAUUUUACUUAGGAGUCUGCCAUAAUUUUCCAAACAUUAAAGUAAGUGGAAAGAAAACUACAUGACUAUGGAAGUGGAAUUUCACUCACUUUGUUUUUAAGAAAUGCAGAUUUAUUGCACAACAAGACUUAAUGAUAAUUAUGCAUUCCUGUGGUAACUGAUUGUCUUGCAAAUAAGACAACUUGAUUUGUAUAGCUAUUUAAUCAUGUUUCUGAUUUCAUCUGCUGAAAAGGAGAAGUGAAUCAAACUCCUAGUCCAAUGAAUGAAAUUGAAACCAUGAAAUCAUUUCAGUUGUCCUUUGUUAUCGGAACUUUUAACUGACCACAAAUUAUAUUGAUUCAAACUAAGUUGAAUGUAACAUGGACCUAAGUUGCAAAAGCAUGCAUUUCUGUUUGAGCUAAUAUUUCAACUCAUGCCUAUUUGAUUCUGUAUUUUGACCUUUUCGUGUUUUCAAGGCUGAUGGUUUGGAAGGAACUUGUUACUUCAGUGGAACAUAAAUAUUAAAGUGCUGUUAAUCAGUGGCUUGAAAUAUACACAAAAUUAAAAUGAACUCUUGAACCAUU